AUGGCCGGCAAGAUCAUCAUCCACCAUCUUCGGAUCUCCCAAUCCGAGCGAGUCAUCUGGCUGUGCGAGGAACUGAACCUCCCCUAUGAGCUGAAGUCAUACAACCGCCAACCCCCGUUUUUGCUGGCGCCCCAGGAAUACCGCGAACUCCAUCCCGCCGGCACCGCCCCUAUCAUCGAAGACGGACCGAUCGUCCUGGCCGAGUCGAACGCCAUUUUCGAAUACAUACUCACCAAGUACGGAAAGGGCCGCUUGGUGCUGCAGCCGGACCACCGGAACUACCCCGACUAUUUGUUCUGGCUGCACCAUGCCAACGGCGGCAUGAUGCCGUCUUUCAUGGGCGUCAUGAUGAAGCAACUUGCCGGGCAGCCCGACGACGGCUCGCGGCCCAAUGUCAGUCAGCAACGAUUCGAUCGCAGCAUGGCCGCUCUGGAGCAGCAGUUGGGCAAGUUCCCGUAUGUCGGGGGCGACCAGUUCACCGCGGCCGAUAUCUUGGUGUUCUUCCCCUUGACGACGGGAAGAAUGUUCGCUGGGUUGAGUCUGGACCCGUAUCCGAAUGUCGUCUCCUAUCUGCAGCGAGUGGGGAAUAGGGAGGCUUAUCGGCGGGCGAUGGAAAAGGGCGAUCCCGGACUGGAGCCUCUGCUAUCGGCAAAUCCUCCUCGGCGAAGUGUCCUAUAG